GUGUCACAUUAGAUCCGCUGCUGGUGACCAAUCCACCGCCACGGUAGCGUCUCUGGACACAGUCCAUACUUGACUUCACCUCCGACCGUGUCAUCUCCUGCGCCUCUCCGCCUCUAAGUGAGACGGUGUUUUUUGUAGUAGCUAGCCUAAACUUUGGUUUAAAAUAUUAGCUUUGAGUCACAUUUAAGGAGAAGGACUCAAACAAGGAGAAUGUCGGAUUUCGACAGCAACCCGUUCGCGGACCCCGACUUCAGCAACCCGUUUCAGGAUCCAUCAGUGACCCAAGUAAGACAGGCGGCUCCUCCUGGGUUGGAGGAGUACAAUCCCUUCACAGAUGCCAAACCAGCACCUGCAGGUAUGGCACCCAAGACUGCUGCACCCACCAUGAACACACAACCCGCCAUCAUGAAACCCACAGAGGAACCUCCAGCCUACUCGCAGCCUCAGGCACAGGAGCAGACACGAGCAGCGGCUGAGCUCUUGAAGCGACAGGAGGAGCUGGAGAGGAAAGCUGCAGAACUGGACCGCCGAGAGAGAGAAAUGCAGUCACUCAGUGCUUCAGGAGGCAGGAAAAACAACUGGCCUCCCCUCCCAGAGAAGUUUCCUGUGGGCCCCUGUUUCUACCAUGACAUUACUGUGGACAUUCCUGUAGAGUUUCAGAAGACAGUUAAGAUCAUGUACUACCUCUGGAUGUUUCAUACUGGGACGCUGCUUGCUAACAUGGUCGGCUGCCUGGCCUGGUUCUGUGUGGAUGCAGGGCGUGGGGUGGACUUUGGCUUGUCCAUCCUCUGGUUCAUGCUCUUCACACCCUGCUCCUUCGUCUGUUGGUACAGACCACUUUAUGGAGCAUUCAGGAGUGACAGCUCAUUCAGAUUCUUUGUCUUCUUCUUCGUGUACAUCUGUCAGUUUGGCAUCUACGUUCUUCAGUGUAUUGGCAUCACUGGUUGGGGCGCCUGUGGGUGGAUCUCAGCUCUGACUGGCUUGAAUCGCAGCAUCCCAGUGGGCAUCAUAAUGAUCCUCAUCGCUGCUCUCUUUACCGCACUGGCUGUCAUGUCCCUCAUCAUGUUCAAAAAGGUCCACGCGAUGUACCGUACCACUGGUGCCAGCUUCGAGAAGGCCCAGCAGGAAUUUGCCACAGGCGUCAUGUCCAACAAGACGGUCCAGACGGCCGCCGCUAAUGCCGCCUCCAGGGCUGCACAAGGAACCUUCAAGGAGCAGAUCUGAUUGGCCUAGAGAGGCCACUCAUCUCUCCGUCCAACCCUCCCUCCCUCCGUCUUCUGCUCAUAAGUGCAGCACCCAGAUUCCACUGAGCCAAUUGCCCUGUUUGAACACAUGGAGAGUCCCGCAGCCUUCUGACAAUAUCAUAGUGGUUUAUGUAAGGGCACUACAGUCACCUGUGAUCUGUAGUGUCUGAGAAGAAAAAAACACUGCAUAGAUCUUUCAAACAGGGUCAUGGUUCUCUCCUGCUGUCCUACUCUGUAUGCCGUACACUCUCAUCUCUGACUCUGGGAACCCCUCAUCUGCGCUGCACCCCCACCACUCAACCAGCAUGCUCAACUUUUUCUGUGUGAGUUUGUGUGUGUGUGUGUGUGUGUGUGUGUGUGUGUGUGUGUGUGUGUGGCCAGCUAAAUGAAUGUUUGUGUGCUUAAUUUAAAUGUCGGUGCCGCCUCAACGCCUGUCUGUUCUGUAUAGACAGAUUGUAAUGUAGCUGAACCAAGUUACCUGGGCAUUUCCCACCAUCAGCCAUCUUAGAAGUUCUGUGCACCCUGUGUGUUUGAGCCUUUACUUAAUUUAUCAACCUAAUCACUACUUCCUAUUUUUAAAAUUAAUUUAUUAUUGGACAAAUGGAAGUCAUCUAGUACUCUCUAGUUGUCGGUGAAUGCACACGAAGCAGAAUUCUUGGAUUUAUUUCGCUGUUUUCCACGAGUACAUAACUUAACACUGCUGCCCCCCGGUGGAGGGACUUUAUUGUUGAAGAUGAAUGCUGUGCAUUCCAGUUCACUGCCUUGCCUUCUACUUUUUUCUUUCCUCAGAUUUGGGUUUUAGACAAUGUGUAGUUUUAAUCCUUAAAGUGAUGCUUCACCCAAAAUCUCAUCUGUUAAGUAUCAGACACUCACUCCUGUAUACUACAGAGCUUGUUAACUCAUCAAAUAAUCUAAUCUCUUAUUAUACUGAUGAAUCAGUUACUACUCAGUUUUUUUCUAUCACAAUGUGAGAUCCAUCCAUCCAUCCAUUCAUUAUCUAUACCGCUUAUCCGUUAAGGGUCGCUGGGGGGCUGCAGCCUAUCCUAGCUGUCAUUGGUAUACAGAUCGCCAGUCCAUUGCCGGGCCAACAUAUACAGACAAACAACCGAUCACACUCACAUUCACACCUACGGCCAAGUUAGAGUUCUCAGUUAACCUAACCUGCAUGUCUUUGGACUGUGGGAGGAAGCUGGAGUACCCGGAGAGAACCCACGCAGGCACCGGGAGAACAUGCACGAAGAAAAGCCCCGAGCUCAAGUUGGGGCUCGAACCCGGAACCUUCUUGCCAUGAGUGCUAACCACUGCAACCACCGUGCAGCCCCACAAUGUGAGAUGAUGACGAAAAAUGAAAUACAUUCAAAGUGCUGUACAGACCAUCGUGUAGGACAGAGAAAAGAUCAAUCGCUCACAUUCAGUUUUAAAUGAAGCUCAAAGAUGAUGCUUUCGGUCAUACUUACUCAAAGCAAGUAUAUAUGCAACAUAGUGACCGUAUGGAACGAUGAGGAAAGGAUGAGUACGCUAUAAAAGUGACCCUUUUCAACCCUAAACAAUUAUCAAUUUGAAUUUAUUUUAACCAACUGAAUUCAAGCUCAUCAGAGCCAUUGUUCUCUCUGAUUUAGCAAAUGACAGAUCUUCAACAGCCACCUCUCCCACUUUCAAACAGUGUUUGAUACUCAACAUUUUCUCAUUUUGGGUGAAAUAUCACUUUAAAGCUCGCUCUCAAGUAUCUUUGUUUGAAAUCUUUUGCCUAUAAUGAUCGACAUAUCCAUUGUGAAAUCACACCAAGUUGCACUUUAAAUCGUCAUUAG